AUGAAAACAUUUAUGUAUUAUUUUGGCCUUUUGCUUACAUUGGCUCUUCAUUUAAGAGCUAUACAGCUUCAUUCUAUGAGCUACAUGCCCAGCACUUACAUUGAAAUUGGUGAUAAGAUUUCAAGUAGAGUUGGGGAAUUAUGGGAUAACCAAUUUGAAUCAUUUUUAGACUUGGUAUCUAAAAAAAUUGUUGAUAAAUUAGGAAAUAAUAUAUCAAACGAUAAAAUUUCAAAUAACAUGAUGAUCCUUCUUCAAAAUGACGCCGAAAUUUUUGAUCCACAUCACUAUAAAGAUCAUAACAUAGCGCUCAUUCAAACCAUAUUUUUUAGGAAAUUAAAAGAGAAAUUCAAUAAUAGUAAAUUUGGAAAAAAAGUAAAGGAAUUAGGAGCAAGGGCAAAAAAAAAAAUAGUGGAUCUUUAUCAUAAACAUAAGGGUAAGUUGCAGCAUUUCUUUAAAAUUUUAAUGAGAAGCUUAGUUUUACCAAUAGCUAUCCAAUACAUAAGAAGAAAUAUAAAAAAAUGGAGGGAAAAAACACUAGAAGCAACUGAGAAACUUGAUCCAGAUUCUAAAAAAAUAGCAACUCCAAUAAUCGAUAGAUUAUAUACAACAUUUGGAAAUAAAGUUGAUCAAUAUGCUGAAGAAAACAGUAUAAACUUUGAAGAUGAAAUGCAAGCUCUUGAUGAAUUAGCAAAAGAUAAAAAAGAGAUUGACAUUCUUGAAAAAGAAGAAAAAGCUAUAUUAAAAGAUUAA